AUGAAUGAGGUAUUUGGUUUCCGCACGACGGGGUCUCGCAAAGUACCCGGUGAUUUUGAGGUGGAUAAGCCUUGGGCCGCUCUCUCUCCAUGCGAUAAAUUCAAAGUCAAAGGUCCAUCGAAUGGGCUAAUCAAAGAUGUGGCCAUUGCGGUGGUACAUAAAUUUCUAUGCUACAAUGUUUUUGGCAAGAAAGAUUCCAACAAGGUUAGCGAGCAAGAAGUUUAUUUAUUGUGGGCAAUGUGUGCAAAGAAGCCCAUAUGCAUGACUGCAUUCGUUAUAGAGACACUCCAGGGCACGAAAGUCUUUGCCACGCGCCCUCCGAGAUUGGCCAAUAUCGUCACCGGGCUCGCUAAGCACUUCAAUGUUCAAAUUGAUGAAGUGCCGCUUCAACCGAAAAAGAUUGUGUUGUGGGAUUUGCCUAUCUCGUUAAGGACAGCACCACAUUUCAAACAUCGUGAGUGCUACAAGGCAUAUUUGUCAGAGCUGAAGAAAUCGUUAGGAGAAGGUGGUUCCUCGCAGCCACAGUCUCAUUCCGAGGACGAGGCGGAGGACGAAGAAAAACAUACCAACCCGGCGGACUAUUUCCUCCCUCCAGCAGUUGACGCGGGCGCUGCGGACGCGCGAUCUCAACAAGCCCCCGCUUGGUUCGAUACAUUCAUUGAGCAUAAUGAUAGGCGUUGGGAGGAGCACAACAAGAGGCUCGAUACCUUUAUUGAGCAUAAUGAUAAGCGUUGGGAGGAGCACACCAAGAGGCUCGAUGGACGUUGGACCCAAUGGGAGUCUCGACAAUUUGAUCAGUGGAAACAAUGGGGCGACCAGUUCCAGCAAUGGGAUGUUCGCUUGAGUUCAGGCAGCAGCCUACCCUACCCUCCACCUCCACCUCCAUCAUCGGAUGCACAUGAUGCACAGUGA